GUCUCGAUGGACCUGGUCGGAAGCGUCUCCGCCGUCGGCGACACGGAUGCGAUGGUGGCGGGCGACUCGGGCAGCAAGCACAACGGCGGCCGCAGCGCCGCCGUGUGUGCCGUCAACAGCAUGGUCUCGGAGGCUUCCGCGGCGACCGUGGCCGUGUUGGAUGUGAUCGGGGGCGUCUCCGCUGGCAUGGUCACGAACGCGACGGUGGCAUGGUCACGAACGCGACGGUGGCAUUCGGCUCGGGCAGCGAGCGCAACGACAGCGGCAGUCCGCACGCCGGUUGCCGCCGGUAGUAGCGUCAGCGGCGUCGCCAGCGACAUCGACAGCAGGUUUUCAGGCGCGAUGGACCUUGGGGGAUGCGGUCAGAGCUACGAUGUCCGUGCAAGACGUUGA